AUGUCCGCCCCAGUACCAGACACAGUCUGGACAUCGGGCGACGCCAACAACCCGCCUCCGGCUGCCGACCUUGCUCAACACAACUCCGUGGCAACUGAGCCAUUAGAAAGAGUCGGAACAGAGAGAGAACUGAACGAGGAGAAGGUCCUGGAUCGAGAAUACAGUGACUGGACAUCUUCUUCGAACGAAACACCGGACGACAAGAGCCAGAGGAGCAUAGAGGAGGAGAAGCAGACAUGGGGUGAAAAGAUAAAUCCGCUCAAGCGAAAACACAAGCCCCCGAUACCAGCCCAGCAAGGAGAAUCGCGAGAAUACAAGGCCAAUUUCUUCAGUCAUCUCACCUUUCAAUGGAUGGCACCGAUCAUGAGUGUCGGUUACCAACGACCACUUGAGCUCACAGAUCUGUGGAAGGUCAAUCCUGACCGCAGUGUAGAUGUCUUGUCUGCAAGGCUCAAAGCAGCUUUCAAGAAGAGAGUCGACAAUGGAACAGAGAACCCUCUCAAGUGGGCGCUAUACGACACAUUCAAAAGCGAGUUCCUACUAGGAGGUCUUUGUGAACUCAUCGCAGCCGUUGUUCAAGUCUUGGCUCCUUUCGUCCUCCGUUAUUUGAUCAACUUCUCCACCGAUGUCUGGAUUGCCGAAAAAACUGGAACACCUAGGCCUAGUAUUGGUCAUGGUGUCGGUCUUGUUAUUGGAGUGACCGCUCUGCAAGUCAUACAAAGUAUUUGCACAAAUCAUUUCCUAUAUCGAGGUAUGACAGUCGGUGGACAAGCUCGAGCAGUCACGAUCGCUGUGAUCUUCGAGAAGGCCAUGAAGCUCUCUGGAAGAGCGAGAGCUGGAGGCAAGUCGAAUACUGAGCCCGUUGGUCUCCCCCCAGGUAUAACUCCUGGUAGUAAGGAGGAGAAGAAAUGGCUCAAGGCAAAACUCAAGAGAGAAAAGUCAAGCCCAAAAGACAACAAGGGUAUAUCGGGCAGUGGAGAAGGCUGGUCUAACGGCAGAAUCGUCAAUUUGAUGUCAACUGAUACCUAUCGUAUCGACCAGGCAUCGGGCAUGUUCCACAUGAUCUGGGCCUCGCCAAUUUCUAUCAUCUUGACUCUGGUACUGCUUCUCAUCAACAUCAACUACAGUGCUCUGGCUGGUUUCGCACUUCUCAUCGUGGCUAUGCCUUUGCUAGGAAGAUCAAUCAAGAGCUUGUUCGUCCGCAGAAAGGCCAUCAACAAAGUUACCGACCAGAGAGUUGGACUGACUCAAGAGAUUCUCGCUGGAGUACGAUUCGUAAAAUACUUUGGCUGGGAAAGCAGUUUCCUCGAUCGUCUGAAGGAGAUUCGACGAAGAGAGAUCGGCAAGAUCCAGUUUCUGCUGAACAUCCGCAACGGCAUCAUGGCCGUCUCUAUGUCUAUGCCUGUGUUCGCCUCUAUGCUGGCCUUUAUUACAUACAGUCUCACGGACCACGGCCUUCAGGCUGGAAAGAUCUUCUCAUCUCUAGCGUUGUUCAACGGUCUCAGACUGCCACUCAACUUGUUGCCACUCGUAAUCGGUCAGACUGUGGAUGCUUCCGCUUCUAUUCGUAGGAUCGAAGACUUCUUGCUGGCUGAAGAGGCACUGGACGAAGCCGCAUGGGACUACGAAGGCAAGGAUGCCAUCGUCAUGAAGAACGCAGACUUCACCUGGGAGCGAACCCCAACACAGGAGGCGGAGAAGGCAACAGUCGGAGCCGCUGGCUCUAAAGAAGCCAAGGCUGCCAGAAAGGCCGACAAGAAGGCCGACAAGGCAGCCGACAAGCAGUCAAAGAAGGAUGCGAAGAAGGCCGCCAAAGAAGCCUUGAAAAAUGCCGAAAAGGGCGAUGGUCUCGAAACCUCGGAUAGCAGCACGACUCUGGCCGAUGAAGGUGAGCGUCCUUUCGAGAUCAAGGGCCUCAACAUCUCGAUAGGACGCGACGAACUUGUUGCUGUCAUUGGAAGUGUUGGCUCUGGUAAGACUUCUAUCUUGGCUGCACUUGGUGGAGAAAUGCGCAGAACUGCAGGUGAAGUUACGUUCGGUGCUUCUCGAUCAUACUGCCCGCAAUAUGCCUGGAUUCAAAACGCUACAGUCAAGGAAAACAUCACCUUCGGAAAGCCAUUCGACCAAGACUGGUACGACGCAGUUGUGGACGCAUGUGCUCUGCGACCUGAUCUUGACAUGCUUCCCAACGGCGAUCUUACCGAAAUCGGAGAGCGCGGUAUUACUGUAUCUGGUGGUCAAAAGCAGCGUUUGAAUAUUGCGAGAGCCAUCUACUUCAAUGCCGACAUUGUACUCAUGGACGAUCCGCUUUCAGCUGUAGAUGCUCAUGUCGGACGCCAUAUCAUGGACAAUGCCAUCUGCGGACUCCUCAGGAACAAGGCUCGUGUUCUUGCGACCCAUCAACUCCAUGUUCUGCAUCGCUGCGACCGCAUCAUUUGGGUACAAAAUGGCAUGGCCUACAAGAUCGACACAUUCGACAAUCUUAUGGCAACCGAUGCGGACUUCCAGAAGCUCUUGGCUACUACUGCUUCGGAGGAGAAGAAGGAAGAGGCAGAAGAAGAGGUCGAAGGCGGUGAAGUUGAAGAGGAGAAGAAAGAUGUCCAGAAAAAGACUGGUGGUAAGAAGCCAGCUGCAGCGCUCAUGCAAGCCGAAGAACGUGCCGUCAAGAGUGUUUCCUUUGGCAUCUACAAGGCUUACAUCAAGGCAUCCGGUUCUCUCGCUGUUGCGCCUCUAAUUCUCCUGACCUUGAUUCUGUCUCAAGGUGCCAACAUCGCAACCAGUUUGUGGCUGUCAUGGUGGACUUCGAACAAGUUCGGUUACACCAGAGGAACAUACAUCGGUGUCUACGCCGGACUUGGUGUAUCGCAGGCUGUCCUCAUGUUUGUCUUCUCCAGUAUCUUGACCAUCUGUGGUACUCGAGCCAGUGCAACUCUGCUUCACAACGCAGUUACUCGAGUCUUACGCGCGCCAAUGUCUUUCUUCGACACAACUCCGCUUGGUCGUAUCACGAACCGCUUCUCCAAGGAUGUCGACACCAUGGACAACGCCUUGACUGAUGCUUUCCGUAUGUUCUUCAUGACAAUGGCACAAAUCAUCGCCGUCUUCAUUCUGAUCAUCGCCUAUUACUACUAUUUCGCUGCCGCUCUGGGUCCAUUGUUCAUCAUGUUCCUAUUCGCUGCAAGCUACUACCGAUCGUCUGCACGUGAGAUCAAGCGCCACGAAGCCGUUCUUCGUAGCAGCGUUUUCUCUCGCUUCAGCGAAGCAGUUUCCGGUGUUGCCACCAUUCGUGCUUACGGACUUCAGGACCAGUUCUCGAGAUCCGUCAGCGAUGCAAUCGACAACAUGAACGCUGCUUACUACCUCACCUUCUCGAACCAACGUUGGUUAUCUGUCCGUCUUGAUGCUAUCGGUACCCUUCUUGUCUUCGUCACUGGUAUUCUGGUAGUCACUGCUAGUUUCUCCGUCAACCCUAGUAGUGGUGGUCUGGUCCUGUCCUACAUUCUCUCAGUGGUACAGAUGAUUCAAUUCACUGUUCGUCAACUCGCUGAAGUCGAGAACAACAUGAACUCUACUGAGCGUAUUUACUAUUACGGCAAUAACCUCGAGGAGGAGGCACCUCUUCACACCAUUGAUGUGCGGCCCACAUGGCCCGAGAAGGGUGAGAUUGUGUUCAACAAUGUUCAGAUGCGCUAUCGCGAAGGACUUCCUCUUGUUCUCAAGGGUCUCAAUAUGCACGUCGAUGCAGGCGAGCGUAUUGGUGUUGUUGGUCGUACUGGUGCAGGAAAGUCAACCAUCAUGUCCACCCUGUUCCGUCUCGUGGAGCUGAGUGGUGGAAGCAUCACGGUUGAUGGUCUCAACAUUGCCGAGAUCGGUUUGAGAGACUUGAGAUCUCGUCUCUCCAUCAUUCCCCAAGACCCUACCUUGUUCAAGGGUACCAUUCGCAGCAAUCUCGAUCCUUUCAACGAGCACACCGACAUGGAGCUAUGGGGAGCACUUCGUCAAGCCGAUCUUGUUGGCGAGCAGCAAGACAUUGCUGACUCGUCUUCACGCAUCCACCUCGAUGCUCCCGUCGAGGAGGAAGGCCUCAACUUCUCCCUCGGUCAGCGCCAACUUAUGGCUCUGGCUCGUGCUCUUGUACGUGGCAGCCGCAUCAUUGUUUGCGACGAAGCAACGUCGUCAGUCGACUUUGAUACCGACCAAAAGAUUCAACGUACCAUUGUCAAGGGUUUCAAGGGCAAGACUCUGCUCUGUAUCGCCCAUCGUCUGAAGACCAUCAUCGGUUACGACCGCAUCUGUGUCAUGGACAAGGGACAGAUUGCCGAGCUAGACCGUCCCAUCACUCUCUACGACCAGGGUGGUAUUUUCCGCAGUAUGUGUGAUCGCAGUGGCAUUCGUAGGGAGGACUUCUUCAUGAGCCCCGAAGCCAAUUUUACAGAAGAGUGA